UAUAAAUAACCUAAUAUGGGUAGGUACAUGUUUUUGUUUAAAUACUAUACAAAAGGGAAAAUUAAACGUUGCAUCGCUGCGGCUUGUUUACGUACUAGAAGCGAAAAUGAAAACUCGGAAAGUCUCCAAAAUACAACAGCUGUUGGCUUCGCAUAACCUCAAUCUUUCUUUUAAAUAUCGCACACGCUGCGUAGUGUUAGUGUUUAUCGUGUGGAACAAUAAUAUUCUGUAUAAGUAACAAUAUUAUACAGUUUUGUUAUUAAAAAUAAAAUUUUUUACACCUGAAAAAGUAAGGAAAUCUAGCAAAAUGCCGAAGGUUCGCAGUGCGUCAGGUCCACCGCGAAAGCAGGGAUUUAACCAUUCCAAUCACUCAAUGAACCCAGAGCGACCAAAAUCUGGACUGAAAGGAGUAGCCCAUCCUAGAACACAGGCCACAAUUAAACGAUUACAAAUGUAUCGCAACUUUAAAGCAAAGCGCGAUCGCAGAGGAAAAAUAAUAACACCAGCACCUUUUCAGGGACGCCUACCAUCGGGUACGAUGGCACGGGUUGAACCGUCUCCAAAAUGGUUCAGUAACUCUCGCGUUAUAUCUCAAAGUGCAUUGCAAAAGUUUCAAGAUGAGAUUGGCAAAGCGGUAAAAGAUCCAUAUCAAGUUAUAAUGAAGCCAUCUCAAUUGCCUAUAACGCUAUUAAAUGAGACAGGCAAGUACAAACGCGUACAUUUAUUAGACACAGAAAGUUUUGAUAGUACUUUCGGCCCCAAAAAACAAAGAAAACGCGUUAAUUUAAAAGUACGGGAUUUGGAAGACUUAAGCCGUAGUGCAGAAGUACAAGCUGAAAAUUAUGAUGAAACAAAAGAUGUCGAUUUGGUACGUGAAGAUACUGGAGAAAAGGCUGCACAACGUGAUUGGAUAUUUGCUGCUGGUCAGAGUCGCCGUAUAUGGAACGAACUGCACAAAGUUGUUGACGCUUCAGAUGUUUUGUUGCAGGUGCUUGAUGCACGUGAUCCGAUGGGCACACGUUCAAAAUAUAUUGAACAAUUUUUACGAAAAGAGAAGCCGCACAAACAUUUGUUCUUCAUAUUAAAUAAAGUAGAUUUGGUGCCGGUGUGGGUGACACAGCGAUGGGUUGCAAUAUUGAGUGCGGAAUAUCCCACAAUUGCCUUCCAUGCAUCAAUGCAACAUCCCUUCGGAAAAGGUGCUCUGAUAAAUCUUUUCCGUCAAUUGGGUAAACUGCACAUGGAUAAAAAGCAAAUCAGUGUUGGUUUUAUUGGAUAUCCUAAUGUGGGGAAAUCUUCAGUUAUUAAUGCGUUACGCUCCAAAAAGGUUUGCAAUGUUGCGCCUAUUGCUGGCGAAACGAAAGUUUGGCAAUAUAUUACGCUAAUGAAACGCAUUUUCCUCAUUGAUUGUCCUGGCGUGGUGUACCCAUCUGCAGAAACAGACACUGAAAAAGUUUUGAAAGGUGUUGUGCGAGUGGAGCUGGUUACAAAUCCCGAAGAUUACGUUGAAACUGUUUUGCAACGUGUGCGAAAAGAGUACAUACAGAAAACAUAUAAAGUAGACAACUGGACUUCGUCAAUGGAUUUUUUGGAACAAUUGGCCAAAAAAUCCGGCAAAUUGUUGAAAGGCGGAGAGCCUGAUAUAACUGUCACAUCGCGAAUGGUUUUAAACGACUGGCAGCGAGGAAAAUUACCAUUUUACGUGGCGCCUGAUGGUUAUGAAACUCCGAAAUCGCAAGCAGAUAAGCCUCAACCUCUAAACGAAUUAGAAACGUCUACUCAAGUUAAUCAGGAAGGAGAUGAUGCCAAAUCUGAGGCCCCCACAUUCGUUAGUGAGUCAGUUAAAAAGGCCAGGGAAUUCAAACAGCUUCAAGAUUUUCGUAAAAUCAAGGUCGGUAUUGAUUUUGAAUCCGACGACGUACGAGAAUUAGACAAAAUGGAUUUGGAAUUACUGGAAAAGCAGAAAGCCGAGCGUUUGGAGCGUAAAAAACAACGCCAGCAAAAUCCCGAAGAUGAAGACGAGUCCAGUGAUGGUGCUAGUGAGUUCUAUUCUGAAGAUGAAUAUGACGAAGACCUGGAACGUGUUGUACACAAGAAAGCCAACAUCAAGCGAAAAGCAAGUGUGGCAAUUACCGCUUCUGGCAAGUUCAAAGUAGAACCGGAUGCCGGUGAUGAAAGUGAUGAUGAAGGUACUCGGCAACCUGCGCCUAAAAAACGCCUAACAGCUAAGGAAAAACGAGCAGUGGAACGUAGUCAAAAACGCAAAAAAAUUGGUAGUAAUUUUUACGAAGUAUCAAAUGUUAAAAAUCGAAACAGAAAUAAGAAAAAGGAGGCGUAAAUGUGAAUGAACGUCAAAUUUUCUAAAAUUCAUGUAAUAUUCAAACUUUAAUUAAAUAAAAUACGUACUACGUAGAAAAAAAAA